GAUGGCCAGUUCGCCCCUGAUCGAAUGGGAGAUAUUCGGAACAACAGCGGAGCUUCGAACAAAAGUUUAAUCGAUCAACACAAGUUCAGUAGUCUGGAAGAUAUCGAUGUGACCGCUGAUGGCAGCCUUGUCCUAAGGAUUAUCAUCUCCGUGGUUUACUCCGUGGUGUGUGCGGUGGGUCUGGUGGGAAACCUUUUGGUGUUUCUCCUCAUGAAUCAAAGACAAGGGCGAAAGAAAUCCACCAUUAAUUUCUUUGUCAUCAAUUUAGCUGUUACGGACUUCCAGUUCGUUCUGACUUUGCCUUUCUGGGCAGUAGAUACUGCGCUGGAUUUCAGCUGGCCGUUUGGAAACGCCAUGUGCAAGAUCAUUUUAUCGGUCACUGUGAUGAACAUGUAUGCCAGCGUGUUUUUCCUCACGGCAAUGAGCAUAACGCGCUACUGGUCCGUUGCAUCCGCCUUAAAAAUCCCUUCUCGUAAGAGGUCUGUUACGGUGAAAUGGACCUGUGCUGUAUUGUGGUUCCUGGCGACAAUAGCCACAGCUCCAACUUCCAUUUUUUCCACAGUGACUGUGGUUGCAGAUGAAAAACUGUGCCUCCUCAAGUUUCCAGAUGGCAACGAUUGGCUCGCCUUUUAUCACCUUCAGAAAAUAGUCAUUGCAUUUAUCUUGCCGAUGUUCAUUCUCUCAAUAUGCUAUCUUCUACUCCUGAGGUUUAUCCGCCAAAGGGGCGUUCAAAAGAGGCGAUCUAAAGUCACCAAGUCGGUAACGGUGGUGGUCCUCUCCUUUUUCAUUUGCUGGAUGCCAAACCAUGCCAUCACCCUUUGGGGCGUCCUGGUCAAACUGAACGCGGUGCACUGGGACAAAACAUAUUACAUGGUGCAUACUUACGUUUUCCCAUUGACUGUUUCUCUAGCCCAUACAAAUAGCUGUUUAAACCCAGUUUUGUAUUGUCUAAUGCGGAGAGAGUUUAGAAAAAUUCUGCAUGGUUUAUUAUGGCGCAUUUCCUCACCUGCGUUCCCUAAAACUGGGAAAUUGCAUGGAAACAGUGCUGGCAUCAUUCAAAAUCAGGAUGACGCAAACAUUGGAAUUCAUUUAAACGUGAUUGACAAUCAGGGUCAACAAUCCAUACAUCCGACCAGUGGGUUGGGGUGCUGA